AUGCUUUUCAGCACGGGAGUGCAAGAGCCCCCGAGACGACCCAUUUUGGGCAAGCUGCAGAUCUUUUGUGCGACAAGUUUGGGGUCGUGGGGGGGGGGCUUUUCCUCCGGAUACGUGCAGCCGUUUUCGACGUCGCAGCGGCACAUCCAAACGCUCAUUCACAACAACGCGGUUUUCGACCCGGCACACUUUGUCAAACACUUGCGAUUGUGUCUUUCGCGCUUUGAGUCUCUGGGAAUCGAGCAUCGGGAUAUCAAGCCGCAAAACAUGGGGAUGUCGCUCACUGGAGUUCCGCAGCCCCUGAUUUUCGAUUUCGGUUUCAGCGAGAUCCUCUCGUGGAUGGUAAAUCCCAGUGACGGGCGGACGACGACGACAGCGGUUCUGCGCGAAUCGCUGAAGCUCGGCGGGACUGUGGGUUUCAGAGACCUGGGGAAGAACCUUGUUCGGCGGGAAUGGGCGCGCCAAACAGCCUUGAGGAAUGGGCGGCACCACCCGCUCAUGGACUUGUUCGGAUUCAGCUUCACUGUCUUCCGACUUUUUAUGGUUGUGUCAGAGUCGAAAUCGACAAAGUUGAAAUUAAUAAUUUGUCAUGCAUAAAAUGGGUGCUAGUUGGAACCCAGUUUCCAAGUGGUGCAUGACAAAUUUCUGUGGUCCCUAAAUCCAGUUUGUCAUGCUGUUUAGGCAAAGAAGAGCGAUUUUCUCAUGCUACUUUAGCAGCUCGAGCUGUAACCCCAAACAGGCCCACAGACGGCCUCACUUUCCUGCUCUGCAACGCACGUUCCUCGGAUCAUGCAUUUUAUGCAUUACAAAUUAUUUCAACUUUGACGAUUUCAAUCCUGACGCUUCCAUACUUUUUUCCUCCGACGAAGGGAGCCUUUUCCUGGACUGCUACGCCGCGGUGAUGGAUCCGAGGGGCAGCUACGGGUGUCCUGCGGGGCGCAACCCCCUCGGGACUAAAAAUCGACUGCGACGGACCAUGAACCGUGCCAAGAACCGCGUUUCGGCUGAUCCUGCUUUGCCCAUUCUCUUCGACGUCGGGGAGGUUGUUCGCAACCGGAAUUUGGCGUCGCGGACGGCCGGGACGGUUGAGAGGAACGAAAACACAUUUGCCAACGAGCGCGGCAUCAUGGUCAGUGGAGACGUGUUUGCGCUUCGGGUUUCCCAGUUGGGCAAGUACAAGUACAUGGAAAGAAUGGACGUCGCAGAAAAAGUGAAGGAAAUCAUGAUGACCGUUUUUUCUCCGCUGCUCUUCUCGGACUGGCGGUUGCGUGCCCCACGUCCAACGGAUGUUACGACGCUCCCUGCCUGCCCUGAGGAUUUCACGCGUGCGGAGUCCUCCCGUACGGGGCCCUACAGCAGCGUGCAGGCUCUGCCCUACGACCCGCGACUGCAGGCAAUGGAGCUUACCAACGAAGAAGAGAUCACCCGGGAGGAGCAGCUAGGGAAGCUGUUUGGGAAAGUUUGCAGAGCAGUCGCUCAUGCGGGACUGCUGCCGGAGCUGGACGUCGCCCGGGAGGCUUGGGAGCAGGCCCCUCUCAGCACUGCAGGCUACCUUUACUACCAUAUGCAGCGCAGAUAUGUGUCUGGGUCUGGAACAAGCUUGUGA